UAAUAGAAUUAAAAAAUCGAAGAAACAAUGAUUAUUUAAUUUAUUAAUUAUUUAUUAUUGAUGAAUUAAUAAAGCUACGAGUAGCGUGACAAAAAGUAAAAUGUCAAGACUCAAAAGUAAGCUCAGUGAUUAUGUCACUAACCGUGAAGUGACAUCAAACGUUAAUUGACGUCCACCUGAGUGUUAAUAAUUUGUAAUCUAUAUAUAAUAUAUAUAAGUACAUGGAUAUUUUUUUAAUAUAAAUAAGAUCAGUAAAACGUUCAUUGUGGAGUACUUAAAGGAAAAACGUUUUACUUCCUGCACCAACGGAAGUCUUAUGCCCAUUCACGCUCGUAAAACGCGGACAGUCUGCGAAGAAAUCGAGAUGGUUGAGCUGAGUGGAAGCAGCCAACCAACAGUGAUGUUAGGGCAACUAAAUUCCGGAGGGCUACCAAGCCUAGUGACGUCAGUCCCAGGAUCAUCCUCGUCCUCCUCAACGACGACAGCUGCGUCUUUUUCAACAACGACGACCAGUCGAGCAGGAGUCCUCGAGACCCAAGUAAGAGGCCAGUGGUACCGAGUGUAUGUCUCCCUGGAGGAUGACUACUUGAGUAUCUCCCUGGAUGAGAGUUAUGAGCACAUACUGGGGAACGGCGGCCCCCUCAACGGGAACCUCAAUAACAACAACAUCGACAGUCUGAACGAUCCCGAUGUUCCCGAUUCAGUCGCGAACCAGAAACGCAUUGUUCGGGUGGUCAAGAGUGACAAUAACGGGCUGGGAAUUUCAAUAAAAGGCGGCAAGGAGAACAAAAUGCCGAUUUUAAUUUCGAAGAUCUUCAAAGGAAUGGCGGCAGACGCUACCGAGCAGCUGUACGUCGGAGACGCAAUUCUCGCGGUAAAUGGCGAAGAUUUAAGAGAAGCUACCCACGAUGAAGCUGUCAAGGCUCUUAAGCGGGCUGGCAAGGUUGUGGAACUUGAGGUCAAGUAUCUCCGAGAAGUGACGCCGUACUUUAGAAAGGCCUCAAUAAUUCAAGAAGUCGGUUGGGAGCUCCAGCGAGGGUUUUUAAGUGCGACCCCGCCACCUCCGAAAUCACCCCCGAGAGCGGACACGCGUUAUCUCCCCCUGCAGCUCUGCAGACUCACCCGAGCUCAUCCAUCCUCCGAUCCUGAGGGCAGGAUUUUGGAGCUCCACUCGCCGGACGGGGUUCACGAGUGCUGGCUGAGAGCAGCCGACACCACUGAAGCAAACGUCUGGUUCAAUGCCCUUCAUUCGGCCUUAGCUUCGCUGACGCUUAAAGCUCUGAGGCUCGCUUCGGUGCUUCCGGAUCCUCCGCAUCUUCAACACAUCGGCUGGCUGGCCAGACGUCACUGUGCUCAGAACGGAAGAGCCUCGAGCGAGAGCAGCGAAGAUGGAGCGAGCAGUAGCACGAGUAUGUCCCGCGUCGCCGGGAGCUACAUCGGAGUGAGCUGCUCGGGGGGCUGGAGGAGCGUCUUCGGGGCCGUGUCGAGCCGCGAGCUGAGGCUUUACGAGUGCGCCCCCUGGAGCCCCGAGGCCUGGGCGUCGCCAAGCAUCACAUGUCCACUUAUCGCCACCAGACUGGUUGGCUCCUCGACGAGGAACAACGAGCCCGGGUCCAGCGGCAGCAGCAACAACGGAACGAUUAACGGCGCGACAUUCGCGGUCCGCGUCGGCACCAUAGACGGGGUUAUUACGCACCACCUGAGGGCCGAAACCAGGAGGGACUUGGCCGCCUGGGCAAGAGCCAUCGUUCAAGGAUGUCACACCGCUGCUUUGUCACUCCGCGAAUACACUGUCCGCUGUUUAUGGCAAGGUAGACCGUGCAAACUGGUCGUCAACACCGAAGAAGGUUUUAUGCUCUACGCAGCAGGUGCAAGAGGCGUCAACGGAGCCAGUCCCGGGUCCCCACCGGCCCCCCUCUGGAAGCGAUCCUUCGACAAAUUGAGGAUGUCUGCCGAUGAUGGCUCCAGAUUGCUCUGGCUCGAUUUUAUUGACGACGAAAAUGAGAUUGAACUGGACCUUGAAAGCUGCCCCAAGCCGAUAGUCUUCGUGCUGCACAACUUUCUCUCCGCCAAGAUCCAUCGCCUCGGAUUAUCCGCAUAGGGGUACGAGGGGGCUUCCGCAGAAGUCCCCGAUCUUCCCCCGCACACCACGAGGUCUGUAACCAGCGUCUUUCUUCACUAGAAAUUUAUUUUUAAUUAAUUAAGAAGAAAUUUAUUAAUUCUUCCCUACUCAGGACUCGUUGAAAAAUAAUAAAUAAAUAAAUAAAUAAAUAAAUUGAUUGAGAGCAUCAAUCAAAGCCAACAGAGUCAACGACUUAUAACCUAAGAAAGUAUAAAAUAAUAAAAAUAUAAUAACUUGUCGUCGAUUUAUUGUUAAUUAAUUAAUAAUCGUCGGCUUGAAGCCAUCCACGGCGCUCCUGCCGGAACUUUGAUAAGUAAAUAAAUUAAUUAAUUAAUUAAUUAGCUAAUAAGUUUGACUAUGUAAUGGUAAAUAUUACUCUAUUGUAUUUAUUGAUGAUAAUAAUAAUUAAUUAAUUACUAAAUUAGGGGAUGAGUUGCGCUAUUUCAAUUGUAUUUAUAAUUAUAAUAAUAAUAAUAAUAAUUAAAUAUUUGUAAUUGAGAGGUAAAUAUUACGGAGUAUGGUUGCGAUUUAUGAUAAUAAAGUCGAGAAAUGUUGAGUUUGCGGGGUAGCAAUAAAACGAAUUAAUUAUUGAUGAGUGAUGUUUGAUGUAUGAUAUUGAUAUAUUUUAUAUGAAAGGGGAGGUUUAAUUGAUAAAUUUAUUUGGGUAUGACCAAUGGGUUUUUUUUCUGAGUUGAUUGUUGUUGUAGAAAAAUUGUUGCUUGCUGGUUUAAAUAAUUUUUUAAGUUAAAUGUGCAGAAGCUUUAUUAAUUAAUUUUUUUUUUAAUGAAAAUUUU